AUGGCCCAAGUGAUGCCUCCAAAGCCAAUGGCUGGUCUCCCUGCCUUGGCUGAGAAAAAGAUACUUCCAUUGACACCCCUCGGAGGUUCUUCUCCUUGGCAACGUCUCGAUAAUAGCUUGACGUUUUAUCCUGACAGCCCUCCCCUGAGCUCUCCAUCAUCAGAUACAGAUGAUCUUGAUCAGUCGCUCUGUCAGUCCGUUGAGGUCAGCCAGAAUGAUGAGCCAGUCAUUGCAGUCAUCGGUGUUGGCUAUGUCGGCACACAUCUUGUCAGCUCAUUCUCCUCCAAAUAUCAAGUCAUUGGGUUUGACGUUUCUGCGAAGAGAAUCGAGGACCUUGGUAUUGAGUAUCAGGGGCAACAGAACGUGCGGUUCUCUCGGGAGUCACAAGACUUACGAAGAGCUACGCACUUCUUGAUAUCAGUACCAACACUCCUCAGGCCUGACAAAACCAUAGACUCGUCCUAUCUUCGUGAUGCGUUAAGGACUGUAGGUGAAGUGGCUCGUUCUGGGUCAACGGUCGUGAUUGAAAGCUCUGUGGCGGUCGGUAUGACCCGUCAACUACUCGGCCCGUUGGCUGCCAACCGCCAGUUCUUUGCCGGCAUGUCUCCUGAGCGAGUUGAUCCUGGCCGCGUCGAACCUCCUGUUCAGUCCAUCCCAAAAAUCAUCUCAGGCUUGGACGAUAUCACCCCUGGCUCCCUUGACGCUAUAAACAGAGUCUAUUCCACUAUUUUCAAGACAGUUAUUCCUGUUUCGAAGCCAGAGGUAGCUGAGAUGAUGAAACUUUAUGAAAACUGCCAGAGAAUGAUCUGCAUUGCCUACGCCAACGAAAUGGCAGAUGCUUGUAUCCCACACGGCAUCAAUCCAUAUGAAGUCUGCGAGGCAGCCUCUUCAAAGCCAUUCGGAUAUAUGCCGUACUCCCCUGGUGUUGGCGUGGGAGGACACUGCAUCCCAGUUAAUCCCUUCUACCUUCUGUCAAACAGUCACUUCCCUCUGCUUGAGUGCGCUACACUUGCGAUGCAUGCUCGACCAUCAAGACUAGCUGAGAGAAUGCUCAAGAGAGUGAGACAAAGAGUUUCAGGAAGAGCACCUCGGAUUCUUGUAGCGGGCAUAGGCUUCAAAGCUGGCCAGUCACAGAUCGACAACUCCCCAGGAGCAGAUCUUGUCAAGAGUCUUGCUGUUUCGCGUGAAGUGGAUGUAUGUUGGGCAGAUUCUUUGGUCAAGCAAUCUGCACUACCUCAAGUACGUCGUCUCUUAGAUGAAGACUGGAGAAAGGAUGUCCUGGGAAAGUUCGAUGUUAUUGUUGUGGCUUCCAGGCAGACGGACAUGAGCUUUGAUAUCCUGGAUGAGCUGGAUGGAGUUGAUAUUGAGAGGUGGUGUCAAUGA